AUGAAGGAAGAGGCGGGGUCCGUAGCGGAGAGCGCCAGUAGCAGUGAGAGCGGCAGUGAAAGUGGCAGCGAAAGCGGCAGUGAGAGCGGCAGCAGAAGCAGCAGAAGCAGCAGCAGCGGGAGCGGGCAAGAAGAAGAAAGCGGGGAGGAGGCGGGCAGCCAAAGCACUGACGGUGAUUCUGAAGACGAACAGGAGGGGACGGAAGCCCCGGAUGAAGGUUUAGAACAACAGAAAGACGCCGAGGAUGCAGUAGCUCCAGCAUCAUCAACAGCUGCACCGGCACCUGCAGAAAAAAAUGGGGCUUCGCCCGAAGCUCCAGAGGACGAGGCAUCUUCUCAUGGAAGGGCAAGGAAGAAAUCCCGCAGCAAAGACGAAGAACAGAAAGAAAAGGCCACAGAGAAGCGCAGGAGCAAACACGACACGAAGGCUUCCCGAAAACACAGGAGCCAUGUUGGUAUUAGUAUAGGGCGGUUACUGUCCUAG